AUGGGUGCAAACUCGGUGCGCGCGUUGAUUGGUGACGACGGCUAUGAAGAGAAUCUUGACGGAGUAGAGAUGCUUGGAGCGUCGAACAAGCGGUCUGGCCCAACGAUACGCGAGUUCCAGUCACUCGUGGGCAGCUUGCUAUGGGUUGCGCGCUGCACAAAGCCCGACAUCGCCUUUGCAGUCCAUAAGGCCACGCGCCACACGCCAGACGCCAGGCACACGCGCCGCGCUUGCAUGAUUGGAUGCUUGCAAAGAGAAUCGUCCGGUAUGUGA